UGGUGACAGCGCGGCCCGAGUGUGAACCGGAAGUAGUAGUUUCGGCUGCUCGGGCUUCCGCUUCCGCCGGCCGGAGGUGGGAAGGAUGCCGGCGGAGGAGAAACGGUGGGAGACGUUGGAGGCUUUGCGUAACUCGGAGAAAGGGCGGCUGCAGUACGACUCGCGAUGGCUGGAGGAGGGAGAAGAUCUUGUACAGCAAUGCAGAUCUUCUCCCACACUCUCUGUCAGCUCAGCAUGGGUACUGGACCACCUUUUCCAACCAGACACCGAAACCAACACCUCUGAGCAUUUAACACCCCUGAUCUAUGGCCUCACUAAUGAUGACCAGCUCCAGGAGCUGUCUGUUCCUCCUCCAGACCCAAGAACAAAUGAAGAAACAGCUAAUAAUACUGUUCAGGAGGUAGUGCAAGAGCUGACUCCAGAACAUACACUUUUGCUCCUUUCACCUGAAGCUACCCAGAUUGAAGGCUAUGUUAAAAAGUUUGAGGAAGCCCACAGAAUCAAGAGCCAUGCUGAAAUGAAGCAUCGCCAGGAACUGCAUCAGAAAAGCGUUCAGAGUUAUUCAAACACAGCAGCUGAGCUAUUGAAACGAUUUGAAGAAUCCCUGGAGCUCGAACAGCGACAAGAAUAUGAGAAGAUGCGUGACAUGAUGGAGAAAGGCAUCCACAGGCUUAUCACAACAAGGAAUCAUGGGUUCAAGACCCGGUCCAGAGUCUUGAGUAGGGAAUGCUGCACUACUGCCUCUUGGAUGAGAUUUCUAAACCCAGACCAUGUCAGCUUCCACUCCACUUUAAGGUGGAUUUAAAAGAUUCCCAUGGCACUAUUUCAGAGAGCAGGUCACUUGAAGCCCAAGGACGUCAAGAAAAGUUAAAGGAAGAACAUCGUCGCAGAGCUA